AGAUGAAGUAAUAAAUUGCAAUCUGGCAACUCCUCGUGAUAUGUUGCUCUGAGUAAAGUUACCUGGCCGACGUGUUACUGCACUUCAUGUAUGGAGAAAAAUGGGACUUUUAGACAGAAGGACGUGGGUGAGAUGCUGCCACGCAGUCAUGGCUCCACUCUUACUGUGAUGAAACUUCCUCACUGUGUAUAAGCUCUUCAGGUCUGGCUUAGACUUUUAAAAACACACAUCUUCAAAAUGAAGGUUAGUAAGUAUUUAAGAGGAAGCGGGAGGUUUCUCGCGUUUAUCUUCGCCGCUUCGGUUCUCUGGCUGCUGUUUGACAUGGCAGCUCUCAGGCUGUCCAUUACAGACGCGAAUGGAGAACACGGGAAAGAGCGAGUCCUGAAAGACCGGGAGCUGGCUAAAAAAAUAGACUUAAACCCCUCAAACAUGAAGCAGGAUGUCGAGACUUCCAAACGCUCAGAAAUGCUGAAGAGACUAGCCUACAAGCGAAAAAAGCCUGACGGCAUUCAUGGCGAAAACGAAGUCUUCCCUAACUCUAAGAAUGGCAACAUUGUAACCAGGACUUUUCCCAAGCUCGCGGCUGGGAGCGACUUAAAAGUGCAAGUGGAUACAAAGUUAUUAAACACAAGCAACAAAGUAUCUUCAGGAUCAAAGGGAGUUAACGUGAAGAAAGAAGUCCUUCCACAAACCAAAGCGCCAUCUGCUGGCCAACAAGGAAAAGACAUAAAACUGGAAUUCAAUGGCAAGAAAGACUACCGAAUACCACAACAAAUACCACCUCAGGACUUCCAGAUACCCCAGGACGUUGCUUUGUCUAACAAAUCCGACCACAUGUUGAAAAAACAGGUCAAAUCAGAUUCAUCCAACAAUGCUCCCCCUAAACAGGAACAUGUUGUCCAGCAAAAAAUCGUCCUAAGUGAAAACAAGAGUUCCCUGGUGCGUGUUAAAACCACAGCAAAACCGGCACAACUCCAUCUGAACGGUUCAAACAUCCAAACUGGAAAACUCCUGAACUCUACAAAGAGUGUGACCAAGCAAGGUGCACUCCAUAAGGUCAUGAACCUGGAUGUGACCCUUAAACCCAGGGACGUAAACGCGCCGGGGCAGUUCGGCUGGGCGGCCGAGGUGCCUCAGUACAGUCUAGAGGAGAGCAGGCGCAGGUGGAGCGAGGGCUAUUUCAACGUGUUUCUCAGCGAGCAGAUUCCAGUGGACCGGGCUAUUCCAGAUACACGACCUUCAGCAUGCGCAGAGAAGUUAGUUCAUGAUUAUCUGCCUACGACAAGUGUGAUCUUCUGCUUUGUGGACGAGGUCUGGUCCACUCUCUUGCGCUCCGUCCACAGUGUGCUCAACCGAUCUCCGCCUCACCUGCUUAAAGAGAUUAUACUGGUGGACGACUGUAGUACAAAAGACUACCUGAAAGACAAACUUGAUGCCUACAUGUCGCAGUUUCCCAAAGUCCGGAUCAUCCGUCUUAAAGAGAGGCAUGGGCUGAUCAGGGCAAGACUGGCAGGGGCUGCUGAGGCAAAGGGUGAUGUCCUGACGUUCCUGGACUCCCAUAUCGAGUGUAAUGUGGGCUGGUUGGAGCCGCUGCUGGACAGAGUGUACCUGGACCGCAGGAAAGUUGCCUGUCCUGUUAUCGAGGUCAUCAACGACAAGGAUAUGAGUUAUGUGAUGGUAGACAAUUUCCAAAGGGGCAUCUUCAAAUGGCCUUUAGUGUUCGGUUGGAGCACGCUAACCGACGACUUUAUCAGGAAGAACCAUAUCAAAGUCUCAGAUCCUCUCAGGUGCCCGGUGAUGGCAGGGGGGCUGUUCUCCAUAGAUCGGAAUUAUUUUUAUGAGCUGGGAGGUUACGAUCCAGGCCUGGAUGUGUGGGGAGGGGAGAAUAUGGAGAUUUCAUUCAAGAUCUGGAUGUGUGGCGGCGAGAUCGAGAUCAUCCCAUGCUCUCGUGUCGGUCAUAUUUUCCGUGGUGAGAACCCCUACAAAUUCCCCAAAGAUCGUCAAAAGACGGUGGAGAGAAACCUGGCUCGUGUGGCUGAGGUCUGGCUGGACGAGUAUAAAGAGAUUUUCUACGGCCAUGGUUACCUACAUUUACUGAACAAAAAUGUGAUCGACAUUGGGGACCUCACAGAACAGAACCAGCUGCGUCAGAAGCUUCAGUGCAAGAGCUUCAAGUGGUACGUGGAGAAUGUCUACCCUGAGCUGGAGGCUCCGCUGGCCAAAGCUGAAGGCCUUGUUUUUAACCUUGGCACUAGGAAGUGUCUGGUACAGGAAAAAGGCUCUUUAUCUUUUGGGAUGUGUGAUCUUAGCAAACAGAGCCAGCACUUCAGCUACAGCUGGGUGAGACUGCUCCGCCAGAACGCUUCUUGCGUGUCUCCACAAGUCACAGGAGGAGGCCUGACCUUGGAACCGUGUGACAACACUAAACCACACCUCCGCUGGCUGCACAAGACCAAUAAAUUGCUGGCAGAGCACCUGAUUGCUGAGACAUCUUUUCAACGUUUGUGUCUAGAGGCAGGACCUAACGGCAACUCAAUCCACCUAAAGGCCUGUGAUGAAUCCAGCUCCUAUCAGAAAUGGCAGUUCACACACUACUACUCACAAUGAGCCUCGGGGACACAUCACCCGUUUUCAUCUCAUUUUUAUCAAUACGAAGUUGUUCUGUUACAUAGUGUGUAAGUGAAGUAUGGACAGAUGCAUGCAGUGACAUUGUGUAAUUUUUGUUAAAAGGUUUGUUUUAAGAGUUGGUAUGGGUUUUUUUUUGUUUGUUUGUUUGUUUUGUUUUUUUAGCCCAUACAAGUAACAUGUUUUUUGGGUGGAGCAUUUUGAAUUGAAUGGACUUGGAUGAAACAAGCAUACAUAUUUGAAGUUAAACAAAAAUGAUUUUGAAUGGUACUUAUUACUUAUGCAGUGGUCAGGUGAAUGGUCAGUGUUGUCGGUUAUGUAUAAAAUCCAUUAUUUUGGCACAAAUCUAAUUUAAUUUUAAUUAAUUUUAAUAAUUGUUUACAGCUGGUAACCAUAGUGAGAUCCAAGAUAAGCAAUAGCAAUAGUGUUAUGUUGUACACAUUCCUUGUUGACACUAGAGGGAGCUGUUUACAAUGUUUAUAAAGUUGUUGUUUUUUACCCUGGUGAUUAUGGAUAUAAAGAACAAAUCAAAUCGUUUUUAUUAAAAAUUAAAUCAUUGUUUAUCAUGUUAAA